GCAAAUUGUUGAAUUAAUAUCUCAUCUUAUUUUGUCUGCUAAGCAAUUCGUAUGUCGGUCAAAUUUAGAAUCAUGCUUAUAUAUGGACAUUCUCUGAAUUAGGUUGCGAAAUUUGACUUUCUUAAGAAAUAAGAUUAUUGUUUGUUAUCUGAGGAUUUAAAAGAAAAUGUCAUUUCUUGCGACUAAAUUAUUGGGAAAAGAAGUAAAGGAUUUAGAUGAUAAUGAUAUUGAUGAUUUGUUGGCAUCUCUUACUACUGAAGAACUUGAGCAGUUGAGUAAUGAGGUUGAUCCUGAUGAUUCUCUUCUCCCUCCUUCACAACGAUGUAAAGAUCAAACAAAAAAGGCUCCUACUGGACCUUUAAAUCGGAAAAAAUUGCUGGAAUAUUUGGAAAGAACUGCUAGAGAACAAGCUGAUUGGCCUGAGGUGAAACCAUAUGAGCCAGGACUGAAACGAGGAAAGAUAUGGAAGCCGAAAGAAAUGCCAAAACCUAAAUCUGACGAUUUAGAAAUUGAGUUGGAUCUUGAUGAUGAAUAUGAACAAGCUUUGGGCACUGCUGAUGAAGCAGAAUUAGUUGAUUUAGCUGCUAUUUUGGGUUUGCAUAGUAUGCUAAAUCAAGAUCAAUUCCAUUCUUCCAUUUUAAACAAAGGACAGAAAAUUGGAGACAGAUUUGAAAGUAUUGUUCAUGCUACAAAACCUAAAGUUUUGCCUUUGGAACCUGAUAAUGAUACUGAUGUUGAUAAAACUCUUCAGCAGGUUAUAGAUAAUGAUUCAUCCCUGAAGAAAUUAAAUUGGAAUAACAUUAGGAAUAUUUCAAGAGAAAAAAUGAAGAGAUUAUUUGAAGGCUUAAAGACUAAUACUCAUUUGGAAUAUCUCAGUUUGGCAAAUGUAGAUCUGUAUGAUGCAUCAGCUGAGGUUUUGGUGGAAGCAUUGAAACAAAACAAAACAUUAAUAUCAUUGAAUGUUGAAUCAAACUACUUGUCUGGAAGUAUGAUCAGAGAUUUGAUAGAUGCAUUGCUGACUAAUCAAACUGUUCUGGAAUUCCGUGCUGCAAACCAGAGCCCUGUUAUACUCGGAAAUAAAAUUGAAAUGGAAAUAACAAAACUGAUAGAAGAAAACAAGACAUUAUUGAGGUUAGGAUUGUGUUUUGAUGUUCCUGAUGCUCGAGUUAGAAUUACUGAACACUUGCAGAAGAACAAUGAUCGCAUUCGUCUGCGGAGAAUUGGACUUGAGCCUUAAUUGAAGUAUGUUGAGGAUUUAGUAUCAAGGAGGGCAGUAAAAUAUAAAAUUUACUGUCAUUGCAAUUUUUUCAUUAUGCUUUUUACUUGUACAGUAGUUAUUGAAUGUUUCAAGAUCUUUUGCUCUUGUGUAACAGGACAGAUUAUCUUUUAGUUAUCGUAUUGUGUUCCUAUAAAAUAUCCCAUAUUUUGAUAAUCACGUUAAAGUGAUUUAUUUCAUCUUCUGUGAACUUGAUUGCUGUGUUGUUUGCAAAAUCUCUGCAAAGGUUUUUUAUAGUUGUUAGAUAAUAUGGGCAAAAUCCAAAUGGCUAUGGUAUGAAAUGAUUUUAGUAUGUGCAGGUACAUGUAGUUUCAAUAUCAGUGUCUUUGCUUUUGCAUGAACUUCAAUCAUUUCAUAAUAUAACCUUGGUUUGUUUCAUAAAAUUUUGCUCCUUUUUUAGCUUCCUUUACAUUUUUUGUCACAUGAAAGUCAAACUUUUAAAUUACAGGCUAACAAGGUACUUGCAUCUAAAUGUAUAUACCAUUUGAUAUCUAAAGUGUAUAGAAUAAAAUUCUGUUUUUGUAUAAUCAGGAUUUGUGUGAAUGAAAAGUUUCUAGCUUAUAUGUUAAUGCAAAAUUAUUAUCCAGCCCAAACUUUUGGCUUGUAUGAAAACAAUGAAAUUCUUUUCAGUAUUGAUAUUUCAAGUAGGAUCGGCUCUUUCAAGAGCAACAAUUUUAUAUAGCUGUGAAAUUUUUCUAACAAAACUGAUUGCGUUAAUUAAGUAAAUUUUAAACUGCGUUUGAAAACUUCUCAUCUUGUGAUUUAUGAAAGUUUUAUUAAAGGAAUGGUUUUAAAAUAGUAUGCUAUAAUUAGUUAAUGCAUGAAUAUCUUGGAAGAUAAUAUAAUUUCUGUUAAUAAUUAUAAAAAAAUUAUUUUUUAAAAAUAUUGAUGCCUUAAAUGACAGAUUUUAUAAAAGAAUUACUUAUUCAUAUAAUAAGAAAUUAUUCAGCUUUUUAAUAAUAAAUAUGUUUAAAUUGCUUCCUAUCUUAUUGUACGUGAAGCUCUAUAUAAGUAAAAAAAAAAUAUGUUUUUGUUUUUAGAUAAUACUUUUUAUAGAAAAUUUCACAUUAUUUAAUGUUACUUUCAUCUAUUACUUUCAUUUUAAAUUGUCAUGCUUGUUCAGGCUCGUUUUUGAAACAUUCUUUCUUACCGGUGAUGCCUUUUUAUUUUUGCGAAAUACAUUUAAAUUUUCAGAAGUGUGUGCUGUGUAUAGCUCAAUUGAUGUGUGUCUUUGUUGCUUACUAUCCUUUUGGUAAUUUCUCAUGUUAAAAGAAAAUAAAAUUAUAUGUAAAAUAAUUUAAUUGAUAGUGAAUGAUCAGAUUGAUAAUAAAGAGUGUGAGGUAAUACAUAAAUUUAUUUAGUAAAUUUACAUUGCACAUCUGUGCUUAAUUUAAUGUUAUUGACUCAGUAAAGAAAUAAUUUGAAAAUGUUUAAAAUAUGUGUAAAAAUCAGAUUUAUGUAUCUUGUAUACAUAUUUAUCAUUUUCACUAUUAAAAUUUUUAUGAAAACUAUUAUUUAAAUCUUACAGUGCAUAAAUUUUUCUGGAACUGUGAAUAAAUUUUAAUAAUUUUUCACAAUAUGAAUUGCAAACAGAUCAUCUGCUUAAUAUAUUUUAUUAGCAAACUUAUUAUUUUAAAAUGUGAAACACUUUAAUAAUGUGAAUUUGAAAUAACUUCACUCAUCUAAAAUUAUUUAUUACCAUCAUAAGAUAAAAUGCACAAACAUUUAAUUUUUUUAUGUAUAAUAUUUUAUUCUUCAUAUAUUUUCUCCAUUCUAUUUUGUUCUUGAAAAAUGUUUUUCUGUAAUUUUUUAUAUUGUUCAUAUUUAUAUGGAACUAAUAAUAAAACUAUAUUAAAUGGAAUAAUUUAAUAUUUUGUUGAAAUUUUUAAUAUGAUGAUAGCUAUGAAUGAUGAAUAGUGAAGAGUUCUAAGUUUUAAAAUUGCUCCAGGUUGCUCAUAUGCAGAUGUGAGCAUUAAAGAUAACUGAAUUUCAUGAUUGCAUACUUUAAUGUCACUUGUGUUGUGUGAGAAAAAUAUUUGUUACCAUUAAAAUAUCUUUUACUUGCCAUUAGAAUGUUUCAUUGCCUUCAGAUCACAGAAAAUGUGUAUGUGUGCUAAAGCUUUAAUACACUGCCAUUUUAAUAUUGUAUAUCAUUUCAAGUAAAAUAUAUUAAUGUUUCCUAGCUCUUUGUGAAAUUGUCAAAGCAGGUUUAAUAAAAGAUUAUAAAUUAAA